UUCCGACUGUGGAUUUUUUUCGCCCUCUAGAGUGAAACAACAGCGCAAGAUUUUUGUCGCCCUCUGUAGUGCAACAACAGCGCAAGAAAGAGUUUGUUUACGAGUGCCUGUCAUUUCGUGUGCGUGCGUGGUGUGUAGGGUGCAUACUGUCGUCGAUGCCGUCGACAAACACGACCAUGAGUCCCGAGACCCACAUGCGUUUAGCAGCACCGUUCCCUCCUUGUGCGAGAUCAAUGCGGCGUAUUGACGGUCAAACUUGCAUCAACGGAGCCGCUGCGGAGGACUUCGAUGAGGACCCGUGGAUGACCGUCUCCCCGUACACGGACCGGCAUCUUGACCGUUGGAGCGAUGCCACUUGGAAAGCGAUGGAGAGUGGCUGCUCUUGGGCGAGCGAUUACAAGUUCGCCAGUAUGUUGGAAUUCGGUGACCUCAUCGCACUGCCAGACGGUGUUCUCGAGCGCAAAUUCCUGAACCAUGUACGAAAAACAGUGCGCUGCAUCAGCCGCCAUUGCAGUCGUCUCGACUGCGAGUGCAUCACUUCUUCGCCUCGCACUUGGGGAAGUUCUGGGAAACAAGAGUUGCUGGACUGCGCUCGUCAUUGUUCGUUCUUGGAGCAGUACCCGCUCCGCCGCCCCGGGAUUCGUCCUCAAACCGUGUCAUACUGCGGCGUGCGGUUGUCCAUCACCGGAUGUGCCUUCGCCAGAGUGCUAUGUGCCGCCACUACGAACAAAAGCGAAAAACUCGUCGAUGCAGUUGUGCGUGUGUCACGGAACGAGGUGUCAAUCGUGGCAGAAGGCGGAAGGCCGGUGUACAGGUUUUCACCGUUGCGGUACCACGCCAAGUCACUGUUGGGCACGGACGUCGCAUUGAGGUACAACUUCGACAGGUGGCCUGCACGUAUGGUUUACUUCUCGGACGACGAGUUCGAUGGGUAUUUUCUGGUCAGCUCGGAGGACAACAUGAAGGACUUGAAGGCGCCUCCUAGACAGCUGAAACUAUCAAUGAAGGACAUUCGGUGGCUGUGGAAAGAAAUGGGUUUCCCAAAGGCUGUCAUUGGGAACCCCAACGGAAAACAAGCGCAGGUGAAGACAUGGCGUGAGUUCCGUUCGAAGGCGCUUCACAAAACGCCUUGCAACCACUUGUGGCUUCUCGCUGAUGAGAAGGGCGAGGACAAUAUUAACAAGCAGAACGCUGCCCUUCGCUCGUAUUUUCCGCUAGUGAUGGCUGGCAAGAGCGCGUGGGAGCUGGGUAUGGAAUUUUUCGACAGGUGGGAGAUGGGGAGACUUCUGGCACCCGAGGGGGCCAAGUGGAUCACAAGGAAAAGGAAAGUGCGGGGCGUCCGGCCCGGCGUUAGCCACAUUGAAAACGACAAGUUGGGGCGAAAGGAGGUUGUCUACAACGUCCCCGUCGACGCGCCCCAAAAGAAAGGAAAGAAGGAGAAAGAGCUUGGCGAUUGGUUUAACCGGCCGGUCGCUGAUUGGACACGUGCGUAUCCCUUCCUGAAGAAGCGGGAGUCGAUUUUGGCGGAGUUCGAAAAGCAGGGAAUGGAUGCCUCAUUGUGGGACGGGAGCAAGAAGCUCGUCGGUGACGCCUCGCUGUUCAAGGAGUGUCCGCCAUACAUGGGGUGCGAGGACGACAAAACGAUCAAGGCGACGGAGAAACUCGCCCGAAACAAGAAGUUGUCCGCCGACUGGAAGAACAAGGUCCUCUCUGUGCUGACGGGCAGUAGGGCGAAGAGCAUGGAGGUGGCGCUUGCCGAAGGCGUGGUGCAUGUUCUGUGGAAAGACACCGGGGAGGUGACAUCGAUUGCCCCGUUCGGCGUUGACCCUCUGGAGGCGCAGUUGAGGGUCGAGGAGUUGGAGAAAGCGGUUGGGACCACCAAAUGCCACAUGUGCGUUCUCGAUCUGUGCGAGCCGGUGCUGAAGCUUGAGAGUUAUGGUGCCUUAAUCUUCACGGACGACGAGGCGGAGACAGGCGUUGUUUUCGACACCGCGACACCAGAGGAGGACAGCGACAACGAGGACAUCGACAUCGAUUACCGUCCUGCUCCGGUGUUUCAUGCCCCUGGCUCUUCGUUGGCAGGUCCCUCAACAAGCCAGGCCACCCAGGCGUCGCCUGUCCUGAAGUACACCCCGGGUAAGACCCCGAGUAAGCUGACGGCGAGACUGACGCCUCGGCAUGCCGCCCCGCCUCCAUUCCGUCCCGGGAGUUCGGUUCCGCUGCAUCAUCCUUCUCGCAAGGAUGAUGCCCUUCACUUCGAAGGGCUCGACCACACUCGGUCGAGCGAGGCGGACUGAGGCCAUGACAUGAUAUGGCACCCGGGAAC